AUGGAGGACAGCAACGACGACAGGGUUCGCGGCUACAGAAAGCCCAAGGACAACCCCAAGUUUUUUGGGGGGGGCACAUGGAGCUGGCGGCUGAGCAGAGUCUGGUACGUCCUGUGCCUGCUCCUCGCACUCUUUCUGAAGUGCGUGUCUCUAGUCCGGUACGGCGUCCAGUCCUGCUCCAUGGCAGGAGCCUUCCUCUGCACCGAUGUCCAGGCCAGGGCCGGUGUCCAGUCCCGCUCCAUGGAUUGGCUGAGUAAGUUUGGGUAUCUCCCACCCCCUGACCCGGUGACUGGACAGCUCCAGACCAAGGAGGCCCUGACCAAAGCCAUCAAAGCUAUGCAGAAGUUUGGAGGACUGGAGGAGACCGGAGUGCUGGACCAAGCCACCCUGGGCCUGAUGAAGACCCCGAGGUGUUCCCUCCCGGACCUGUCUGAGACCGAGGCGGUGGUGGGCCGCAGGAGACGAGCCCUGACGCCCCAGAACAAGUGGAGCAAGAGACACCUCUCCUGGAGGAUUCGUACCUUUCCUAAGGAGUCUCCUCUGUUGGGUCGAGAUACGGUACGAGCUCUCAUGUACUAUGCCCUCAAGGUCUGGAGUGACAUCUCACCCCUCAACUUCCAUGAAGUGGCGGGCAACGACGCAGACAUCCAGAUCGACUUCACCAAGGCCGACCACAACGACGGGUACCCUUUCGAUGGGCCGGGAGGCACUGUGGCACACGCCUUCUUCCCCGGAGAGAGGUUCACGGCAGGGGACACCCACUUUGAUGAUGAUGAGGCCUGGACCUUCAGAUCACCAGACUCUCACGGGAUGGAUCUGUUUGCGGUAGCAGUGCAUGAGUUUGGUCAUGCUAUUGGCCUGGCCCACACCUCAGCAAUAGAGUCCAUCAUGAGGCCGUACUACCAGGGUCCUGUGGGGGACCCACUCAAGUACGACCUCCCCUAUGAGGACAAGGUCCGCGUCUGGCAGCUCUACGGGGUGAGAGAUUCAGUGUCUCAUACGGCGCGUCCUGAUGAUCCCUCCCAGACCGCUGACCCACCUGUACUACUGGACCUCCCUGAGAACAGAUCUACUGUCCCGCCGGCACGAGAUGCCCCUAACAGGUGCACAAGUCACUUCGAUGCAGUGGCCCAGAUUCGUGGAGAGGCCUUCUUUUUCAAAGGGAAAUAUUUCUGGCGUCUGACGCGGGAGAAGCACCUGGUGUCUCUGCGUCCGGCUCAGACCCACAGGUUCUGGAGAGGCCUGCCUACCAACCUGGACAGUGUGGACGCUGUCUACGAGAGACCUGGGGACCACAAGAUCGUCUUCUUCAAAGGACUGAAGUAUUGGAUAUUCAAGGACAACAACGUGGAGGAGGGUUAUCCUCGGCCAAUCAGUGACUUCGGCCUGCCUAUGGAGGGUGUAGACGCAGCCUUCGUGUGGCUCCACAACGACAAGACCUACUUCUUCAAGGACAACCGCUACUGGCGCUAUGACGACCAUCUACGGCGUAUGGAUCAGGGCUACCCCAAAGACAGCACACUGUGGAAGGGGAUCCCGUCCCAACUAGACGAUGCCAUGCGAUGGUCUGACGGCUCCUCAUACUUCUUCAAGGGGAAGGAGUACUGGCGUGUGGUGGGCAGUGAUAUGGAGGUGGAGGCUGGGUACCCACGGUCCAUAGGAAAGGACUGGCUGGUGUGUACAGAGAUGCAGUCGGACUCCCCAGCCACAGAGGCCAAUAACACGGCUAACACGCGGCUACACGGGCAGCAUCAUGCCGACCACGCAGAAAACGGCUACGAGGUGUGCUCCUGCACCUCCAACUCUGCCUCGCCCUUGGGAGCCCAGCCCUCACCCUCCCCCCUCUGGCUACUUGCCCUCUUGACUCUCUCUGGGGUACUAUCCUACGUCCCUCUAUGA